AUGAAGUACAUGAAGUUGCACCACGCGCAUGACCACGUGCAGCUGGACGAUGUGGUGCAGCUCUUCGAUCACGAUCGGCAGAAGGGCAUGCUCGAGAGGAUUUUCCGUGACGACGACUUCCAGCAGAAGAAGCAGCAGUACCUACUGAAGAAAGAUGCUUCAGAAGCAAGAGACCUGCAAAGAGCACAGCCAGCAAAAGCAGAGAGCACCAGCCAGCAGCCCAUACUGAGCAGCAGCGCGAUCGGCAAGGGAGAAGACCUUGUCCAUCCUGAG